AUGCAAAUUCCAAUCGUCCUGCUGCUCCAGACUUACUUGAUCAUAUCCUUCGGAAGACUAUCUUCCCAACAGAAUGACGAGGAAUCAAGCGCGCCCAAAGUAUCAGCCUACACAUGGAUAGGAGAAAUAAAAGCACCUAGGCGCCCCGGGUCCCCUGAAGAAGAUAUAUGUCUCUCCAUGGAUCCAUCCCUAACAAAAGUAACCUUACGGGAUAAAAGGCUCGUUCCUCGUAUCUGCAACAAUGUCGGUCCGAAGUGGACCACCUGGCGCGUCACCGGCCUCUUGACAGAAAACGCGAAGGGGUCUAGUAAAACGUUCAAAGGGUAUAUCGAGCACGUUUCUCUCGGAUACUGUAUUACUUAUAACUUAUACAAUAUCUGGGAUAUGGACCAAAGCCGUCGGGGGUGGUUGAUGCUCAAGAAUUGUGACGACCUGAAGGACCUUACGAAGGAUCUUGAUGUGGAUACUAUGGAUGCCAUGCAAGACGAAGAGUAUGACGAGUUUAUGAAUGUUAUCAGGUUAAGCCACAUCUACGAGUAUCAAGGUAGAAGUAUGAGAGAAGGUGAUCCGGAUGAUUCACGGUUGGCCCGCAGAAUCUUUCCCAAAGGAAGACAACCUACAGUACGAAUGGGAGAAAAUACAGACCUUGUCACCAUGAAUAUAAAUGAUAUCUGCGGUCAAUACGGUACCUACGCGAAGGCUCUGGGUGUCGCGAAGAGAAGAGGGGACGAUGACUUUGGUUUGCCGAACUGGUCCAUCCUCGCAGCAUAUCAACCUAAGGAUACAUGCAAGUCUAAGAUGGAUCCCUACACAGAAGAGGAGCUUACCACAUGUCCUGAUGAAUGGACUUUUGGCUGUGGAUUUGGAACUGUAAAUAUGGACCCAGUGUUUGGGGGCACUAGUAAAACCCGGGUUUCUGGUGGAGGGUCUAAUUAG